CUUGAGCUUAACCGGUCCACUGAAAAAUCAUCAAUGGGCUUUUGUGCUCAAUUUCUCAUCCCAGUAGCCGCAGCACGGCCCCUGUAAGAUUCCCAUCUCCUCAGUCCGACGCUCGAGAAGAGACCCGAGAAGCGCUCGUCCCCAAGAACCAGAAGGCACCGUUUGGAUAAGAAAUAGGGCGUCCUCUGAGUUCUUCUCCUUCCUACCUCUUCGCCGCCAAAACCUCUACUGUGCAUUUGUUGUUGUAAAUCGAUGAAUUGUGUGUAAUCUCUCUGUGGAGCACAAGUAGGGUUUAGCUAUGGACUUGACUGUUCCAACAAAGCAAGCCCACGAAGGGUUUUGCUCAUUUCAACGGGUUCACAGGAGGAGCUCGAGAAUGCAUAGCUUGGGAGCUAGAGCUGGGGGUGGAGGUAGUACAGAUUUGAGUUCAGCGAAAGUCUUUCUGGGUCACAGGGGUCGUUUUCUUGUAUUAUCUACUGAUGGUGUUCGAAAGCCAAGGCAAAAGCAAGUUUUGGCUGUUUCGAAGGUUGAAACCUUCAGUCCUACUGCUGAAUUGCGGAAGUUUGAGAAAAGCCCUAAUGGGGAUAUCAGUGCUGAAAAUGCAUUUUCCACAUCUGUGCAAUCUUCCCAAAAUUUUGAAGAGUUUGAGAGUAAUAAUCACCUGCGGAGUUUAGUUAGACGUGGGGAAUUAGAUGAAGGGUUUAAGUUUCUUGAAAGCAUGGUUUGUCGUGGCAAUAUUCCUGACAUAGUCUAUUGCACGAGCCUGAUUCGUGGGUUCUGUCGAACUGGCCGGACUGCGAAGGCAACUAGGGUGUUAGAGAUCGUAGAAGAAUCUGGAGCUGUUCUUGAUGUAAUAACUUAUAAUGUCUUGAUUAGUGGAUACUGCAAAUCGGGGGAAAUUGAUAAUGCCUUGGGGAUUUUGGACCGAAUGAGCAUUGCUCCAGAUGUUGUUACUUACAAUACCAUUUUGCGUGCUUUAUGUGACAAUGGAAAAUUAAAGCAAGCAAUGGAAGUUAUUGAUUUGCAGUUAAAAAAGGAGUGUUAUCCUGAUGUUGUGACGUAUACUAUUUUGAUUGAAGCGACAUGUAAGGCAAGUGGAGUGAGGCAGGCAAUGAAACUUCUAAAUGAGAUGACGAGUAAAGGUUGCAAACCUGAUGUAGUUACCUAUAAUGUUCUCAUUAAUGGGAUCUGCAAAGAAGGGAGGCUGGAUGAGGCAAUCAAAUUCUUGAAUAACAUGCCAUCCUAUGGUUGCCAACCUAAUGUUAUUACUCAUAAUAUUAUUCUACGAAGCAUGUGUAGUACUGGAAGGUGGAUGGAUGCUGAGAAACUCUUGGCCGAAAUGCUUAGAAAAGGCUGUUCUCCGAGUGUAGUAACCUUCAAUAUUUUGAUUAAUUUCUUAUGUCGGAAGGGUUUAUUGGGCCGAGCUAUCGAUAUGUUGGAGAAGAUGCCUAAGCACGGAUGUACUCCCAAUUCAUUGAGUUACAACCCUAUACUUCACGUGUUUUGCAAAGAAAAGAAGAUGGAGAGGGCGGUUGAAUAUUUGGAUAUAAUGGUGUCUAGAGGUUGUUAUCCUGACAUUGUGACCUACAAUACCAUGCUCACAGCUUUAUGCAAAGAUGGGAAGGUUGAUGUUGCAGUCGAGAUACUAAACCAACUAAGCAGCAAAGGAUGCUCUCCUGUUUUGAUCACUUAUAAUACUGUAAUUGAUGGGCUUUCCAAGGCAGGGAAAACUGAGCAGGCCCUAGAAUUAUUGGAUGAAAUGCGGGGAAAGGGUCUCCAACCUGACAUAAUCACUUACUCUUCGCUUGUGGCAGGGCUUAGUAGAGAAGGAAAGGUUGACGAGGCUAUUAACUUCUUUCAUGACCUAGAAGGAUUGGGCAUCAGGCCAAAUGCUAUCACUUAUAAUUCUAUUAUGUUGGGGCUUUGUAAGACUCAGCAGACUGAUCGUGCCAUUGACUUCUUAUCUUAUAUGGUCUACAAGGGAUGUAAACCCACUGAAGCUACAUACACCAUUCUUAUUGAAGGCGUAGCUUGUGAAGGUUUAGCCGUACAGGCCUUGGAGUUGCUAAAUGAGUUGUGCUCUAGGGGAGUUGUCAAGAAAAGUUCAGCUGAGCAGGUGGCGGUCAAGAUGUAACCAUGAAAACAUGCCGUCUUCUGCUUUUGGACGGCUGGUUUACAGGAUCCUUACACCGUAGGGUUUUGCUUGCUUCAAUUUUCCAUUAUAAAUGGUUUCAUGUUAAGCUUUUAUUUCUUGUCAUAGGUAAAGAAGUCCAAACACCUCUUUUUUGGGUGGGGGAGAGAGAGAGGGGGGGGGGGGGGGUGUGGGGGCAGAGAGUUCAUGUACCCUUAUUCUCACUCCAUUUGGGAUUAUUACAUUUUGAACUAUGUGCUUGGUUUCUUUCCUUUAUCAAUGUCAUAUACACCUUAUUCUACAGAAGCUGGUGUUAGGUCUCCCAUCUCUGCACAUCCUAAUUGUAUCUUUUCCUUAAAUUGUGAUCCCAACAAGGUUCCCCAAGGCCCAACCCGAGUUAAGCUCUUGGUGU